UUAAAGAUUUUAUUUAUUUGACAGAGAGCACAAGCAGGGGGGGGAGUAGCAAGGGUAGAGGGAGAAGCAGGUUUCCUGAUCAUCAGGGAGCCUGAUGUGGGACUCGAUCCUAGGACCCUGGGAUCAUGAUCUGAGACGAAGGCAGACACUUAACCAACUGAGCCACCCAGGCACACCUGUCUCUUGGCCUCCUUGCUGCCCUACCACAUGUCAGAGACCAAUAGGAGAAAGAGAAGAUCAGCAGCGUCAAGAGGCCAGAUUGGGCUACUGACCUUAGUAUGCAAACUGGGUCCUUACUACUCUCCUGACUUACCCCCAAUGUCUAUUGUGUGCUGGUCCCUAGAAGGGACUUCUAUGUCCUCUGAGGCUGGAGCUACUCUCAGUAUUUGGGGUCUAUCAUAAUGAGAGGGAUUUGAGCCAGGAAUGACUUGUUGAGGGUGUUGCAAUUGGAGGGAGCUGCUUGUGUACUGGCUAGAGCUCAUUCCUGUGCUGGGCCCAAGAAGGUCCUCUUGUGAGGCUUGUGUUCAUCAUCCUGUCCAUAAAUGAUCCUCAGAUUCUGCAAGCCAGAGUGAGUGAGUUUUUCAUCAAACUCUAUCCUUCCCAGGCCACAGCCAGGGAGUUGAAGUGUGACAGGUCACGCCAGGCAAGGCUGGAUUAAAUAUUAACAGUCAUCACUGCUUAGAGGAACAAGUGCCCCAAAGCCAGGCUGCAGAGCUGUUUGGUGGCCCCAGGCUGACCGGUAGACAUGGCUCAGUUUGCCCAGGUCCUGGCUGAAAUAGGUGACUUUGGACGCUUCCAGAUACAGCUGAUGAUACUGCUGAGUAUCCCCAACUUCCUGUCUGCUUUUUACAUGUUCGGCCAGGUCUUCAUGUUCCAGGAUGAGGCCCACCACUGCUCAGUGGCCUGGGUGAAGAACCACACUUUGAACCUGAGUACCACUGAGCAGCUGACACUGAGCGUGCCUCUGGAUGCUGCAGGCAAGCCCGAGCCCUGCCUUAUGUUCCGGCCGCCCCCUGACGGUGCCACCCUGGAGGAGAUUCUCAGCCACCGCUUCAAUGAGACACAGCCUUGCGAUGCAGGCUGGGUAUAUCCUGAGGACAGGCCUCUGUCCCUAAAGAAUGAGUUCAACCUGGUUUGUGAUCAGAAGUACCUGAAGGAGACCUCUCAGUCGGUGUACAUGGCGGGGCUCCUCGUUGGGGCUCUCAUCUUUGGGCCCCUCUGUGACUGGAUCGGCCGCAAGGCCACUAUCCUAGUGCAGCUGCUACUCUUUGCCAUCAUCGGCCUGACCACAGCCUUCAUGCCCAGCUUUGAGCUCUACAUGGUCCUGCGUUUUGCCGUGGCUACUGCUGUCGCUGGGUACACCUUCAGCAAUGUGUCCCUGCUUACAGAGUGGGUGGGGCCCUCGAGGAGGACGCAGGCUGUGGUCCUGGCCCAGUGCGCCUUCUCCGUGGGGCAGAUGGCGCUGGCAGGACUCGCCUAUGGCAUCCGAAACUGGAGGCUUUUCCAGAUAGCGGGCACUGCACCUGUCUUGCUGCUCUUCUUCUACUUCUGGGCUCUGCCAGAGUCAGCACGGUGGCUUCUGACCCGAGGAAGGGUAGAGGAGGCUAAACAAGUGAUCCAGAAGGCAGCCUCAGUCAACAAGCGGAAACUCUCCCCAGAGCUCCUGAGUCAGCUCGUCCCAGAGAAGAUAGGCCCCUCAGGGAAUGCCCUGGAUCUGUUCAGACACCCGCAGCUCCGGAAGGUGACCCUGAUCCUCUUCUGUGUCUGGUUUGUGGACAGCCUGGGGUACUUCGGCCUGAGCCUCCAGGUCGGUGACUUUGGCCUGGACAUCUACCUGACGCAGCUAGUCUUCGGAACCGUUGAGGUGCCCGCUCGCUACUGCAGCAUCUUCAUGAUGCAGCGGUUGGGCCGCAAGUGGAGCCAGAUGCUGACUCUGGUUCUGGGCGGCCUCAUGUGCAUCGCCAUCGUCUUUGUCCCAGCAGAUCUGCCAGUGGUGGUCACUGUGCUGGCUGUGGUGGGCAAGUUUGCCACGGCCUCCGGCUUUACCAUCUCCUACGUGUACUCUGCCGAGCUCUUCCCCACCGUCAUCCGGCAGACGGGCAUGGGGCUGUUGGGCAUCUUCUCGAGGAUUGGGGGUAUCCUCACCCCUCUUGUGAUCAUGCUGGGCGAGUACCAGGCAGCCCUCCCUAUGCUCAUCUAUGGCAGCCUCCCCAUCGGGGCAGGCUUUCUCUGUGCCCUGCUGCCAGAGACACGUGACCAGCCCCUGAAGGACACCAUCAAGGACCUGGAGCAGGGCCCCCAGCCACGGCCUCCAGAGUCAGCACCUUCAGAAAAGGAGACAAAGGCCUUGGGAAGAACAUCCAAUCCAGGGGCAACUUUUGUGAGCAGUACAUACCUCUAAUUGUGUCUCUGGAGCUGGAGCAGCAGCAGCAGGGAGCUGCCCGAACACCCCCUGGAAAAGGGUGGCACCUGCCCACAAGUCCCAACUCACAGAUGGAGGCAGCACACCCUGGCCUGGUCCCCAUGCUGGCUGCUGGCUGCCUGGUCCUGAAGCACAUGGACCUCUUCUCGGUGCUUCUCAUCAACUUUCUCACCCCAGCACACUCCUAAACCCUGUUCGUGGUAGGACCUCAGGUGUAUCUUGGAUUUCACUUGUUCUCUGAUAGUCUUGUGGGAGUAUGGCUCCUCUGGUCCCCUCAGUCUGGGGUUAAGCUCAGAACAGAGCAGAUGCUUAUAGCCUUUCCAAGGAUGUAGGAGGAAAUUGUGAAGCUGUGGCCUCCAUCCAGGCUGGUGGGAGAAAAGGCUAUAGAAGAGAAGAAGGUUGUAGUUUCUUCUCAUGGCUGGGCCAGGUCCUGCUUGCUUGGGUGGGGCUGAUGAGAUAAUAAAAGGCAAGUAGAGGGCAAAAAACAAAUGCAUCUCCCUCCCCCCAAGAUAAGAGUAGGGUACAUGGGACAUUUCUUGGACACUCGGGACUGCCCAAAGACAAAGGAAGGAAAAAGUAAAUGGUCACUUGGUGAAGAUCACAGAUUUUACAAGAAAAGCACAAUCUUAAGAAUAGUCAGACCUUCAGAAAUGCAUAAGCUCAAUUUCCUGGAAGUCCUAACAUCACCUCUGUCCCCCCAUAUAGGAUUUAAAAAAAAAAAAAAAGACCUAUAGAAUCAAUCAUUCCUCACACUUAGAUUACAGCCCUUCCUGCUCGAGGGGUCCUGUUGCCAUGCUUUAAUAAAAUCUCCUUUUUAUUUAUUUUAA